AUGACUGAGGCACUUGGUAACCAAGGCAGGCGUACUCAACCCCCUGAAGUUUCCAAGUUAUUAUCUACCAUGAAGAACAUUGGAUCCUACAAUUUCAAAGGAGGAUCCGAUCCUAUUGAGGCCGACAAGUGGAUUACUAUGAUGGAGAAGAAUUUUGAAGCCAUGGAGUGCCCGGAGGAGUACAAGAGGAAGAUUGCUGUGUACUACUUGGAAGGAGACGCCACAAGAUGGUGGGAUAGCAUAGACAGGCAGCGUGGACACACCAUCACAUCAUGGGAGUCGUUCAAGGGAGAUUUUGAGAGGAAGUAUUUUCCUCCAGAAGCGAAGCAGGGAUUGGAGCGCCAGUUCAUGAACCUUGUUCAAGGAGAUAGGCCAGUCAGGAGCUACGAAUCUGAGUUCACAAGGUUGAGGCGACAUGUUUUCGAUGGGUGUGAAGAUGAACCAACUAUGAUCCGUAACUUUAUGUACGGAUUGAAGCCGGAGCUUGGAAGUCGUUUAGCUGGAAGCAACUUUAGCAGCUUAUCGGAUCUGGUAGAAAAGGCUGUUAAUUUUGAGACUGUAUUGGAGGCUGAAAGGAAGACCUUACCACAUUCUGGUGGACACACCAAGUUUAGCCAAGGAGAAAGGCCAAAUUUCAACAAGGGUCCAAGAUCUUACAAAGGCAAAGGGCGAGGCUUUGGAAGCCAAGCCAACAAUCGUGGUAACACUGGAGUGUGUUACAUAUGUGAUCAACCGGGACAUAUUUCUAAGUUUUGUCCCAACAGACAACGGAGUAACCAGCAAGGUUAUUCAUCGCUGAGGAUGGAAGAUGUUACUUGUUUCUUUUGUGGAAGGAAGGGCCAUUUUGCAUUGUCAUGUCCAAACAAGCCAAUCCAUGCGACCCCUCUCGCGAUCCGAACUCCUCCUAGCCGUCCAGCUAUUGAGCCAGCACCAAAGAAACAAAACCUAGGAGGUAGGGUUUAUGCCUUAGGUGUAGAAAACCCAGACAAUGCAGGACCGUCAAGCGGUCCCAUCACAGGAACCAUACAUGUUGCUGGUAAACCCACACAUGUAUUGUUCGACUCGGGGGCAACACAUAGUUUUGUGACCCCUGAAGUAGCUGCCCGGUUUUGGGAUUGUUUUGUGGUUGACAGGAUAGACGUGGCCGUCUUGACCCCCGCAGACCGAACCCUUCAAGCAAAUCAGUGUAUCAAGAAUGUUCCAUUGGUCAUUCAAGGCAAAGAGUUUGUGCCAGAUCUGUUAGUCGUGCCUUUGAAAGGGUACGAGGUAAUCCUUGGAAUGGAUUGGUUAUCGAGCUAUGGAGUUCAGAUCGACUGUGGAAAAGGAAGGUUGUUGUUUGGCAGAGUUAUGCCCUUUGGUCUCACGAAUGCCCCUGCGGCUUUCAUGCGCUUGAUGAAUGAAGUGUUUCACGACUACCUUGAUAAGUUUGUGAUCAUUUUCAUUGACGACAUCCUGGUGUACUCGAGAAGUAAGGACGAGCACAGAGAGCAUCUGAGACUGGUUAUGGAGAGGUUACGGAAUCAGAAGCUAUUUGCCAAGUUCAGCAAGUGCUCGUUUUGGAAGAGAGAGUUAAAAUUUCUGGGUCACAUAGUAUCAGGAGAGGGCGUGGCUGCUGAUCCAGAAAAGGUCCAAGCCAUACAAGAAUGGCCUCGACCUACCAUUGUGACAGAA